GCUGGCAGCUGCAACGCCCGCACAAGGAGGCAUCGGCAUCGGCAUGGACGCCCGGCUGGAGCAGGAGACCGCCCAGUGGCUGCGCUGGGACAAGGCUACUGGGUCCUUUAUAGAUAUCCAAGACCAAUUAAGAUUAACCACAUCUACACUGUGAAUCAGAAUCACUGGAUGUUGGAUGUGACUGUGAAGUCUAGGUUUUCUCAUCCACUCAACAGAUAUUUAUUGAGCCUCUUUUACGUACCAGUUCUGAGCCCUUCCUAGGGGGCUCCUGACAAUUUGAUGGAAUCCUUUAACUUUGGAAUCAGUGAAACAAUUAAUUGCAGAAGGUAAUAAGGAAGAACUACAGAAAUGUUUCGGGGCCCGAAUGGAGUUUGGGACUGCUGGCCUUCGAGCUCCUAUGGGAGCAGGGAUUUCUCAUAUGAAUGACUUAACCAUCAUCCAGACUACACAGGGAUUUUGCAGGUACCUGGAAGAGCAGUUCAGUGACCUGAAGCAAAGGGGCGUUGUGAUCAGCUUUGACGCCCGAGCACAUCCACCCAGUGGUGGCAGCAGUAGAAGGUUUGCACGACUUGCUGCAACCACGUUUAUCAGCCAGGGGAUUCCUGUGCACCUCUUUUCUGAUAUAACCCCAACCCCUUUUGUGCCCUACACAGUGUCGCACUUGAAGCUUUGCGCCGGAAUCAUGAUCACUGCCUCCCACAAUCCAAAGCAGGAUAAUGGCUAUAAGGUCUAUUGGGACAACGGAGCGCAGAUCAUCUCUCCUCACGACAAAGGGAUUUCUCAAGCUAUUGAAGAAAACCUUGAGCCCUGGCCUCAAGCUUGGGAUGACUCCUUAAUUGAUGGCAAUGCCCUUCUUCACAACCCCAGUGCCUCCAUCAAUACCAGCUACUUUGAAGACCUUAAAAAAUACUGUUUCCACAGGAGUGUGAACAGGGAGACCAAGUUGAAGUUUGUGCACACCUCCGUCCAUGGUGUGGGUCAUGACUUUGUGCAGCUGGCUUUCAAGGCUUUUGACCUUGUUCCUCCCGAGGCUGUUCCCCAGCAGAAAGAUCCUGAUCCUGAGUUUCCAACCAUCAAAUACCCGAAUCCCGAAGAGGGUAAAGAUGUCUUGACUUUAUCUUUUGCUUUGGCCGACAAAACCAAGGCCAAAAUUGUUUUAGCCAAUGACCCAGAUGCCGAUAGACUUGCUGUGGCAGAAAAGCAAGACAGUGGCGAAUGGAGAGUGUUUUCUGGCAAUGAGCUGGGGGCCCUCUUGGGCUGGUGGCUCUUUACUUCUUGGAAAGAGAAGAACCAAGAUCAAGGUGCCCUCAAAGACACAUACAUGUUGUCCAGCACCGUCUCCUCCAAAAUCUUGCAGGCCAUUGCCUUAAAGGAGGGUUUUCAUUUUGAGGAAACAUUAACUGGCUUUAAGUGGAUGGGAAACAGAGCCAAACAACUCAUAGACCAGGGGAAGACUGUCUUAUUUGCAUUUGAAGAAGCUAUUGGAUAUAUGUGCUGCCCUUUUGUUCUGGACAAAGAUGGAGUCAGUGCUGCCGUCAUAAGUGCAGAGUUGGCUAGCUUUCUAGCAACCAAGAAUUUGUCUUUAUCUCAGCAGUUAAAGGCCAUCUACGUGGAGUAUGGCUACCAUAUUACCAAAGCUUCAUAUUUUAUCUGCCACGAUCAAGAUACCAUUAAAAAAUUAUUCGGAAACCUGAGAAACUAUGAUGGGAAGAAUAAUUAUCCCAAAACUUGUGGCAAAUUUGAAAUUUCUGCCAUUAGAGAUCUUACAACUGGCUAUGAUGAUAGCCAGCCUGAUAAAAAAGCGGUUCUGCCGACUAGCAAAAGCAGCCAAAUGAUCACCUUCACCUUUGCUAAUGGAGGUGUGGCCACCAUGCGGACCAGCGGGACAGAACCCAAGAUCAAAUACUACGCAGAGCUGUGUGCGCCCCCUGGAAACAGCGACCCUGAGCAGCUAAAGAAGGAACUGAAUGAACUAGUCAAUGCUAUUGAAGAAAAUUUUUUCCAGCCACAAAAGUAUAAUCUGCAGCCAAAGGCAGAGUGAAAUAUUUCAGCCUUGGACAUAAUUACGUUUACCUCCAACUAAACUGAACUGGAUUUUUUUUUUUUUUUCCAAGUAGUGGGGAUUGAACCGAAGUCCUUAUGCAUACUAGGCAAAUGUUCUACCACAUGGGGAGCUAUAUCCCCAACACUUUUUAAGCUUGAUUUUUUUUUUUUAAGCAAUGUUUUUGAGGGCCAAAUGAUUCGAAUUAUCACUAUAAAAAUAUUCAUAUAUUUUAAACAGAUCUGCAUUCCUUAUUGCUUUAUGUUUGAUCUUGAAGGGGACUAAAGAAAAGAUAGCCAAACCUAACAAACCAACUUCUCUAUUAAAAUGUUAAGCCUGGGCAUUAUCUGAAUUUUUACACUUUAAAAAAUAACUUUCAAAAAACAGAUUGUAAUCAGUAUGCCUUAAUUUGCAUAAAUGUAUGUCUUCUGUGUAAUUCUUUUUAUGUGUAUUUGAAAUCAUCAAAAACCUUGUACAAUUACUAAAUUUUGGACUGUCAUAUGUAGGUAUAUGUACAUAUAUGUUUCUGUCAAUCAUAAAUUAAAAUAAUAGGUCAUA